UCCACUGAGUUGGGUGUGUUACUUACCUUUAUCGCAUAGGGGCGCUUCUGUACUGCUAACUUUUCCUCACCCAUCUGUGGAAAAUCACGAACACGUGAACCUUUGUGUGAUCGACUGACGUGAGGAGAGUAAGACUGCAAGAUGCCGGUUGAACAAGAGUCCACAACCCCCCACAGCCACAUCCCCUAUGGCGCCGAGGGUUCAGGAUUUUAUUCCGACAACACCAUCGGCUGUUACAACGUUAUCCAGGCCUCCAUGCCCGUGGUGAUGGACGCCGUCAACUCCAUGAACUUGGACACGGGGAAGACGUUUACUAUCGCAGACUACGGCACAGCAGACGGAGGCACUUCCAUGCCCAUGUUGUAUCAGCUUAUCAAGACACUGCGAGCAAAGUACGGAGACACCCUCCCCAUCCAUGUGGCGUAUGAGGACCAGCCUGUGAACGACUUCAAGUCGCUGUUCCUGCGUCUUCAAGGCCUGCUGCCCAUGCCUGAGAACAACAGCUACUUCAAGGACUUUGCCAACAUCUAUGUGACGGCCUGUGGAACUUCUUUCUACUCUCAGUCGUACCCACCAAACUUCGUGGACCUUGGUUUCUCGGCCACGGCAAUGCACUGGCUGCAGAAGAAGCCGUGUAACCUGAGCGAUGCGCUGCACCACACGUCCGCGGGAAAACCCCAGGAGAAACAGCUGUUCAUCGAGCAGGCAGCGCUGGACUGGGAACAGAACCUGCUACACAGGGCCAAGGAACUAGCCCCUGGUGGUCACUUGGUCAUUGUGAACUUCUGUGUGGACGAGAAGGGCCAUUACCUUGGCAACACGGACAAGAAGCAGUCCAUGUUCGAGCGCAUGACGUCGCUGUGGAGGAAGCUGGUGGAAGAAGGGACCAUAACUCAGGAAGAAUUUGUGAACACGACCUUCAUCAACUACUACCGCUCUGUGGAGGAGGUGAGCGCACCAUUCAAGGACGAGUCAUCGCCUGUCAGGAAGGCGGGGCUGUCACUGGUCUCCGUGGAAACAAAGGUAACAGAGUGUCCGUACUGGGCACGCUGGAUGCGGGAGGGGGGUGAUGCCAAGGCUCACGCCAAGCGGUUCAUCCCAACAACACGUACCUGGAGCAACAGCACCUUCCUGUCAGGUCUGUCCGACAGUCGCUCUGCUGAGGAGAAAGCGGUGAUCGUGGACAAGUUCUUUGGGAUGUACGAGGCUGAGGUGGCCGCUGCGCCCGCCGACCACGGCAUGGGCUAUGUGCACACCUUCAUCCACAUUAAGAAGGACAACUAAGUUCACAAACAACUGUCAUUCCAUAAGUACCAGAGGAUGUGUGUAAAAUCUUCUGUGCUUACAUAGAAGACCUUUGGUUCUUGAUAAAACUUGCCAGUAGCCUUGACAACAAAACACUGUGUGUUAGUUGCUUGAAUUAAGAUUUGUCCUCACAAUUUGUUUUGUAUUGUAUUAGAUAGUGUUUGCCAAAUUACAAAUAGAGCCAUAUCUGACCAAAAGAUCACAUGCUUCAAAAGCACUGGUACUGCUUGUUAAAGCCAGUCUAGAAAGCAAAAGCUUAUUAUUGGAUGUACCACAACAUGCACAGUACCUGUAGUAUAUAAACCAUGUCCCUACCAUAGGCUUUGUGUCAUUAACACAUUACAUGGCCUACAGAGUAUUUUGACAGUGAGGCAGUACUUCCUUUAUAAGGACCCUCUGACCAAUGUUACCACUUUUUGGUGGUCCCAUAAAGAUAAUUUUUCCUGUUGACAC